UGCAAGUGUAUAUAUAUUGUUUUAUUUGAUAAGCGAGAGACGUUGAUUGAGCAACGUGCGUGAGAUCACGUUUUUUAACGCUCUCACGUGAUCUUAUUCGGACGAAUCACAGUUCACUUUUUCGGCAAAUGUAGCCAUCAUUGUAGUGUGUACAAUUCGUGGUAUAAGGUGCGUCGUUUAUUAUCUUACGACCACGGGAUUCGCACGAAGUUGUUAUAAUUCGCGUUUGGAAGUUGUGUGUGUGUAUAGUUUAUAAAGUAUAUUCUUUGCAGAGAGUAUCGAUAUAUUUGUGAUAUAUAUAACAAAAAAGUAUUAACCCUUAUAAACAUAAAAGAGAAUUUCGACAGCCAGCGUGUAUAAAUUCAACAGUCUUCACUAUGAUGAAAAGUUUGAACAAUAAUUUGGACAGUUUUGAAAAGCAACCCGAAAUAAUGCCCGAUUUGCUUCUUCUGGACAAGAUCAACAAGAGCUUCUUGUUGUUGGAUGAGAAGGGAAAUCUACAAGUUUCUUGUACAGAGAAAUUUUUAAAAAAAUUGAAUAGUCCAAAGAAUAGCAAAGUAAAAGUUGUUUCCAUAUUUGGAAACACCGGUGAAGGAAAAAGUUAUACUAUGAAUCAUAUGUUUUUUAAAGGCGCAGAAGUAUUUCAAACAUCAAAUGAACAGGUUUCUUGCACAUUGGGUGUUUGGGCUGCUUAUGAUCCAGAUCUCAAUGUUAUUUGCUUGGAUACGGAAGGUUUACAAGGUAUUACAAACUGUGAGAAUGAACGCACAAAACUGUUGUUAAAAGUACUUGCAAUAUCUGAUAUUGUAAUUUAUGAAAUUCGCUCGGAAAGACUAAACAGAGAUUUAUUCGUCUUUCUGAGUACUGCAUCGCAUGCUUAUAGCCAGCAUUUCAAAGCUGCUCUAGAAGCAAUAGGGCAGCAAAAGGAUAUGUCUAACGCAUGGGGCACACUUGGACCAAGUGUUAUAGUGCUGCAUGAAACUAGACACACUAAACCUUUGACCAACAAUGAUUCGGAAACUGCGGAAGAUAUCUUGAAAGCCAAAUUUAAAAUGAUGAAUUUAACAAUUGAUGCUUUUAGUUCUAUUAAAUACGUUGGAUUGCAAACAAUGAAUAACGCAACGGAUUAUACACAAGUGCGAGCUGCUAUCAAAAUGGAAUUGGACAAUAAUCUUGUUCGUUCGGCGAGAAAACCGUAUCUGGUUUAUAAAGCACUCAAGAGUUUACAUAAGCUUCGCGAUGAAAUGGAGAAUCUUUCUCUCGGUUCAUUUCCACAACAGUAUUUUACUUGUCUUGUCAAGUGUUUGAGUUGUGACGCUGGAUGUAUCAACAGUAUGGGACAUCUUAGCGAGGGAAAACCCCACACGAGCAAUGCUAGCUGCAAAUUUCAGUGUCAGUAUGAGAACUCAGUUUAUAUUUGCAAAAAAUGUCAAACAAAUGGAAACGAAGUUGAGGUAACCAAACGUUAUCAAGAGAGUGAUCAAAGUACUUGGUAUAAAUUUGCUCCGACUAUCUGGUCAGGAUACACUAUAAAUUGUCCAAACUGUGGAGAAAUAUACAAAAGCAAUCAGUAUUGGUACGGGAACGAUGCGGAGGAUGUUGCCGUAGCUCAAAAAUCCGUGCACGUGUGGAACACGCCAAAUUCUUCUGGAGCGUCUCAAAAUACAGCGCAACGAGUCAUCGAUAGCGUUACGUCUAUUAGCGAAAGUUUUACGAACAUUUCUCUGCAACCUUCAAAAGCACUGAAAGCUUGGGCCGCGGAUCAAGUGGCGCCUUCUUACUGGCGAUCGAACAGUGAGAUACAAUACUGUCACGAAUGCAAAUAUUAUUUUGGUAUCACAGACGAUAAACAUCAUUGUCGAGAUUGCGGAGAAGGUUUUUGCGGUCAGUGUUCGGCCAAUACGAAAUGUGUGCCUCAUAGAAAUUGGUUCACACCUGUGAGGGUUUGCAAUGCGUGUUACAAGAAAGAAACUCCUUCGAGCAGUCUCUAUGAACCUGUUAAAGAUGUUAACGCGCGAAAAGUGACGGAACACGUAGUAUCGACCUUCAACGUUGUUGGAAACGUUUUUACCUAUUCUAAGAAAAUUAAUCAUUUUCCAGCAUUAAUAAAAGACACUGUACGUCCGUCGUAUUGGAUACCAGAUUCAGAAAUUAUAAGCUGUAGCAUAUGCAAACUGAUGUUUUCCCACGUGAUUCCUUUGCAUCACUGCAGAGCUUGCGGACGCGGAGUGUGUCAGGAGUGCUCACCGCAUCGCAAACCUGUACCUUUCAGAGGAUGGGAUCAUCCUGUCAGAGUAUGCAAUGCUUGCGUUUGAAAUUUGAGUUGAUGCGCGUACGUUUUCUCUUAGAAAGACUUUAUAGAAAAAUCUGCGGUAUAAGAAGGCAUCUAAAAAUCAUAGAUUAAAUAUUUCAGAUUCUAGACAAUUUUGUAAUAUUCUCUUUUUAAUAUAAUAA